AUGGAUAACUAUAUCAAAGGUAGCGAAAUAAACGUGCCAUGUUUGCCACCGUUUCCGACUGAGUUAACAACUGGUACAAAAGAGAUGAUAGUGAAGGAAAAUACUAAAUUCAAAAAUAUUCUCACUUUUGUAGACAAACUUUUUGAGGAUGCGAAUUGUCGAUUGGUAAUUUUCAAAGGAGUUGGCGAAGCUACGGCAAAAUGUAUUUCAUGCGUGGAAGUGUUCAAAAGAAAUUAUAAGAAUGGUGUAUUGUAUCAAUGGAACAAAAUAGUGUUCACACGACGAACUGAUUCCUGGUUACCGAUGGUUGAAAGUUUAAGCAAAAUACUCGUUCAUGUUGAUGUUCCAACGAUUUAUAUUUUAAUUUCUAAGGAUCCUUUUCCGAAAGAGUACAUCAAUGAAAGCUUCCAGAAUUCAUCUGUUGAGGUAACAGGAUUUACUUUCGAUAAUGGGACAAUGCCGGACGGCUUAGGAUCAAGGCAAGAAAAACCAAAACUUUUGCGGACAUCAGGGCCAAAUAAGUGGAAUAGACCACUGAAAAAAAACUGUAGAAUACAAAAACAGCUGCCGCUGUCUAAGGAGAAAUCAUGA